UUUUGGACAACCAAUAUCUCUUUUAGUUUUUUCAUCUUUUGCAUUGAAAGAAUAGAGCAAAAACUUGAUAUGAUUCAACCUCAGACCCAUUUGAAUGUAGCGGAUAACAGCGGAGCUCGAGAAUUGAUGUGUAUUCGAAUCAUAGGAGCUAGUAAUCGUCGAUAUGCUCAUAUUGGUGACGUUAUUGUUGCCGUGAUCAAAGAAGCAGUACCAAAUAUGCUCCUAGAAAAAUCCGAGGUAGUCAGAGCUGUGAUUGUUCGUACCUGUAAAGAACUUAAACGUGACAGCGGUAUGAUAAUACGAUAUGAUGACAAUGCUGCAGUUGUAAUUGAUCAAGAAGGAAAUCCAAGGGGAACUCGAAUUUUUGGCGCAAUUCCCCGGGAAUUAAGACAAUUAAAUUUUACUAAAAUAAUUUCAUUAGCUCCCGAGGUAUUAUAAAAUAAAAUAAGAUCGUGAUAUCUUUGAUUUAUUUGACAGAAAUAAAUUAAUAACGAAAUUAAUUCGUAGUAUUGUGUCUCACGUAUACACCUUGCAAAAUUCAUACUUCGAAACCAAUAAAAACAAAAAAACAUGUUGAUUAUAUCCAAUUUGAAAGCAACAAUCAUCUUAGUUCAUCAUGGGUAGAGACACUAUUGCUGAGAUAAUAACCUCGAUACGAAAUGCCGAUAUGGAUAGAAAAAGAGUUGUUCGCAUAGCAUCUACUAAUAUUACCAAAAAUAUUGUUAAAAUCCUUUUCCGAGAAGGUUUUAUCGAAAACGUCCGAAAACAGAGAGAAAAAGACAACUAUUUUUUGGUUUUAACCCUGGGACAUAGAAGAAAUAGGAAAAGACCCUAUAGAAAAUUUUUAAAUUUAAAACGGAUUAGCCGACCGGGUCUACGAAUCUAUUCCAACUCUCAACAAAUUCCUAGAAUUUUGGGUGGGAUGGGAAUUCUAAUUCUUUCUACUUCUCGAGGCAUAAUGACAGACCGGGAGGCUCGACUACAAGGAAUCGGCGGAGAAAUUUUGUGUUCCGUAUGGUAAUCCUUUUACUAUCGAAAUGGAAUCCGAAACCUCUUCCUAUUUGUAAAAAAAAGAAAGAGGAUCAGUUGCCUAAUAUCCUUUCUUCACCAUUAGUUGAUACUUCAGGGGGUCUUUACCUGGAAUGAAAGAACAAAAAUGGAUUCAUGAGGGUUUAAUUACUGAAUCACUUCCCAAUGGCAUGUUCCGGGUUCGGUUAGAUAAUGAAGAUCUGGUUCUAGGUUAUGUUUCAGGGAAGAUCCGACGUAGUUUUAUACGGAUACUGCCGGGAGAUAAAGUCAAAAUUGAAGUAAGUCGUUAUGAUUCAACCAGAGGACGUAUAAUUUAUCGACUCCGAAACAAGGAUUCGAAAGAUUAGGUGGUUUUUAUUCACUACGAUUCUAGAUGAAAAAUUUCAAGAAACUUCUUUUCUACCAAAAAGUAAAUUCGGAAUUAAGAUAUAAGAUAAGGAAUAAAAACUAUGAAAAUAAGAGCUUCUGUUCGUAAAAUUUGUGAAAAAUGUCGACUAAUUCGCAGGCGGGGUCGCAUUAGACUAAUUUGUUCCAACCCGAGACAUAAACAAAGACAAGGAUAAUCCGACUUGCUAAAGGACUCAAUAUACAAAUAAAGAAUCUCUUUUGACAUGAAAUGGAUAUAUCCAUAUAUUUCUGACUCAUAUUUAUGAGAUGAUACAAUAUGGCAAAAGCUAUACCGAGAACCGGUUCGCGUAGGAAUGUACGUAUUGGUUCACGUAAGAGUGCACGUAGAAUCCCAAAGGGAGUUAUUCAUGUUCAAGCAAGUUUCAAUAACACAAUUGUAACGGUUACAGAUGUACGGGGUCGGGUAGUCUCCUGGUCCUCGGCCGGUACUUGUGGAUUGAAGGGUACGAGAAGAGGGACACCCUUUGCCGCCCAAACAGCGGCAGCAAAUGCUAUUCGUACAGUAGUCGAUCAAGGUAUGCAACGAGCAGAAGUCAUGAUAAAAGGCCCCGGUCUCGGAAGAGACGCGGCAUUACGAGCUAUUUGUCGAAGUGGUAUACUAUUAACUUUUAUACGAGAUGUAACCCCUAUGCCACAUAAUGGCUGUAGACCCCCGAAAAAAAGACGUGUGUAGAAAUGAACAGUGAAUAAAUUUCAAGAGAAACAAGAGAAAUAAAUAAUUCAAUAAAAUAAAAUAAUAAUACUAUGGUUCGAGAGAAAGUAACAGUAUCUACUCGGACACUACAUUGGAAGUGUGUUGAAUCGAGAACAGAUAGUAAACGCCUUUAUUAUGGGCGCUUUAUUCUAUCUCCCCUUAUGAAAGGACAAGCCGACACAAUCGGCAUUGGGAUUCGAAGAGCUUUGCUUGGAGAAAUAGAAGGAACAUGUAUCACACGUGUAAAAUCUGAGAAUGUCCCCCAUGAAUACUGUACUAUAAUGGGUAUUCAAGAAUCGAUUCAUGAAAUUUUCAUAAAUUUGAAAGAAAUUGUAUUGAGAAGUAAUCUAUAUGGAACUUGUGACGCGUAUAUUUCUGUCAGGGGUCCUGGAUAUGUAACUGCUCAAGAUAUCAUCGUACCGCCUUAUGUAGAAAUCGUCGACAAUACACAACAUAUAGCUAGCUUGACAGAACCAAUUAGUUUGUGUAUUGGAUUAAAAAUCCAGAGAAAUCGCGGCUAUCUUCGAAAAAUGCCGCAUAACUUGAAAGAUGGAAGUUAUCCUAUAGAUGCUGUAUUCAUGCCUGUUCGAAAUGUGAAUCAUAGUAUUCAUUCGUAUGGGAAUGGGAAUCAAAAACAAGAAAUACUCUUUCUCGAAAUAUGGACAAAUGGGAGUUUAACCCCGAAAGAAGCACUUCAUGAAGCCUCUCGGAAUUUAAUUGAUUUAUUUAGUUCCUUUUUAAAAAGGAAGAAGAAAACGUACCUUUAGAGAACAAUCAAGACAUGGUUCCUUUAUCCCCUUUUUCUUUUCACGAUAAAUUGAAUAAACUCAGAAAAAACAAAAAAAAAAUAGCAGUAAAAUCGAUUUUUAUU